AUGCAGAAGCAGAUGGUGCUCUAGACAAGGCGAGAAAACAUAAGAAGAGACAGCUUGAAGACACACUUAACCUAGUUUUGAAGAAAAGGAAGUGGUUUGAAGUGUACCUUUGCUAGUUUUGAAUUCAACUGUGAUCGCCAUGUUCGAUGAGAUGGAUCAUUGGAUGGCGCGUGCUUUCAUAUUGAGAUUGCAAAUUCAAUCAAAUCACUUACCACGUGCAGAAAUUUCCAUUUCAUGAUAUUAAAUUGGAAAAAAGAGGAAAGCUGGAUGGACAAUCUCGACAAUUAAUCAACUAUCAGUGCAUGUUGGAAUAUACAAGGUUGUGUGCCUAUGUUUCAAUCUUAAGGGUUAUAGCUUAAUCAACUAUCAGUGCAUGUUGGAAAAAAGAGAAAUUUCCAUUUCAUGGGUUAAAGCUUAAUCCAGCUACCAUACCAACUUGUAACUAUUGUGCUCCUACAUUAAGGGUCCUGCCCUACAUAUAAGGUUGUGUGCCUAUGUUUUUCCUUUUAAAGGGUGUUCCUUGUUGGCUAUCUGGUGGUCUAGCCAGCUUAUAUAGCUUUCUUUUCUUUUUAAAGGGUGUUCCUUGUUUGCUAUCUUAUAGCUUUUUUCCUUCUCAUCCCAGAACCCUUCCUUCCCCUCAAUGCCUUACAUCUUUGACUGUAGGAGUGUUCCCUGCUUGCUAUCUGAUAGUCUGGCCAGCUUUCGUAGCUUUCCUCAUAGAGGAGAGGCUUUCGCUUUACUUGUAGUCUGGCCAGCUUUUGUAGCUUUCCUUAUAGAGGAGAGGCUUUCGCUUUGCUUGUAGUCUUGGAUUUUGGUGUUGUAUCCUUUGCUUGCUUGCUGGAACAGAUUACUCCCUGGGGCCCAAAAAGGGGGAAUGAAAUUUCAAUCAGGUGAACAUGAUCAGCAGAGGAUUGAUCGGCGACUCCAGAAAGAUGAUUAUUGAGACUCAACAGCUCGAAUAGGAUCCCACAAAGAAUAGAAGGGAUUUAGAUGUUCGGUUGACUCAGAGGAAAAGCCCACUUAGGCAGAAUUAAGACAUUAUGAUCUACAUAUAUUAAGGGAAUGUAAACCAACACUAAUCUUGAAAGCAUGGAGAAAUUUUGUACGUGGUACAUUCUAUGAUCUACCUUUAUUGCACAAACUACUUUAUUGCUUUUUACAGUGAAACACAUGUAGAAAAGCAUCUCUACCACAUCUUUUACCUCAAAUAAUCUCUUGAUAUGAGACAAAAUGCUAACAUUCCAGAUUGUUUCCAUGAAAAUCUUGUACCCUAGCCAACUUUGGGAAGACUUUUGUUAUGCCUAUGUCUCUUCACUACACAUCACUCUUGAUCUUUUGUCUCCAUGUCAAUUUUAUGCCCCAUGCCCACCUCGAACACCUACACUCUACAAUCCUUCCAAAUGAUAAUCUAUAAACCACUUUUCUUCAUAUCUGAAUUUUAUGUUGCUGCACCUGCUUAUACUACCUUUAUUUGAACAACUUCAAUCCUAUAUGUUGUUGUUUAUAGCUGUUAGAUUGGUACUAUACCAUACCGGCGUCGAACCGAUAUGCUAUAUCGUACUACACCGAUACUCCGUACGCCGAACCUAGGCGUACCACACCGCGUACCAAGACUGUAAUAGGAUAAUAUCAGUACGGAUCCAGUAUUGGGAUGGCAAACCUUGCACUACCCUUAUCAAUCUUGGCCUUGACUCUGGUCUACUCUAUCUCAUUUUGUUCAUUGUCUUUUCCAUAUUCAUACAUAAAUCUAGUUCCAUUUUCUUCUAACAAUCCUUUUUCCUUAUAAUGGAUGUCUGGAGCUUUAAUUCUUCUUGGAUGGAAAAUUGAAGCUUACAUUGACUACCAAAAUUUUGGAGAUGGGGAUUGCCAAAUGGGAAUCUAAAUUUUUGGAUAUGAUCUACAAGGUCUAAAUGCCUACCUGUGAUUGACAUGAGUGUGGCAAGCAGCACCUUCAUCCUUUCUUAAGGAUAUGACAGCAUACUGGCAAAUGGUGCAGCCUUUGAUGCAAAUAAAUGUCUAACAAUGUUUACAUAUCUUUAUUCAAAGGGUUACCAGGUUGGUGGCUACAUGUGUCGGUGGCUAUGUGCGCACAUGGCUGGUUAUUUGAUAUCAAUUCAAACAAGGCAAUGGUGGGUGCAUUUCUGAAACAAAAAGGAGUAUGAAGAGAAAAUGCUUGAAAAAGGAGAGGCACCAGUAAUGUUCAGCCAUUUGGGUCCCCCUCGAAGACGAACAACUGCAGAAGAAGAGGAAAGAUCUAAACAUCCAAAGCCUGAGGACUCAGUUUACUAUCAUCCUACAUUAAACCCAACAGGGGCACCACCUCCUGGAAAACCUCCCAUGUAUAAGUCUUCUAUAGGACCCAGGAUACCAUUGCCAACUUCGAGUGGUGCAGCAUCAACAUCAAAGUCAGAGUCAGAAGAAGCAACUCUGUCUGUACCUCCUCCCCCUCCACCCCCACCACCCCCCUUGCCAGCCUCUGGUGAAAUGACUUCUGUUGAUGAAUCUGCUGUACCUGCAUCUAUACCUUUGCCGCCCCCACCACCAGUCCCACCCAAGCCAAUGGCUGAUUCAAAAGCAUCAUUACCUCCUCCCCCACCACCUCCAGGACCGCCACCCAAAGAACCAGUUGCAGCUCAGACAUCGCGGCCUCCACCCCCACCCCCACCACUCCAGCAGCCUUCCCAUCUUCCUCCACCAGGUACAAAUGGAAGAGAAUUUGAUAAUAGCAAAAAUGCAGCAACAGAGCGCAUAAGUCUCAAAGAAUCUGAUCAGGCGACAGCUGUGCUCCCUCCGCCUCCGCCACCACCUGGGCUACCAACAAAAUCUGCAAAUAGCCAGUCUGAUGCCACAGCAUCUGAAUCUAGUGCAAAUAUCGCUUCAAUCUCGAAUGACAAUUCUAAGAUGGCACCAUUGCUGCCACCACCUCCAAGGCAACCACCCCCAAUGCCUCACAGACUUCCUUUGAUCCACCCUUUACAACACGAUGUGAUGCCUCCAGGUGUUGCACGCUUCCCCCCACCUCCACCAGAAAUCAGGCCUCCAUUGAUGGUUCCUGGAGUUCCUAACAGACCUGCUCCUCCGGGCAUGGUUCCACCACAAAUUCCUAGGCCACCUUUUGCUGCACCCCCCGGACCACCUGGAGUUCUGAGGCCUCCAGUUCCUCCAGGUCUUCCUCCUACUCAAGAUGAUGAUCUUGCUGCCUUGAAGCCCGCUCCACCUCAGAAGCCAUCAUAUGUCAAAUCAGCUGCAUCUACUGUUGUUAGGAGACCACUAGCUCAGCACACCCCAGAACUAACAGCUAUGGUUCCUGCAUCAGUGCGUGUGAGAAGACAGACUGCUCUUCCAAAACCAAAACCAAAACCACAGCUCUCAACAGCAGCUACAGCUCCCAGGCCUUCAGCCCCCACAGCCAUUGGGAAGUCAGAGACAGCGGCUGCCUCAUCAGCACCAAAGGCACAGAGCAUUGAUGACUCAUAUAUGGCCUUCUUGGAGGACAUGAAAGCCCUGGGUGCCCUGGAUGGUUAGGCUUAGUGAUGAGAUGGCAGUAUGAAGGCUAACAAACUCCUGUCUGAUCAGCAAAUAUUCAGGCCCUUGUUAAUGAUUGGCGCUCUGUGCCUGGUGAAAAUUCUAUUUGAUUAUUUUCAUGGCCUUUUUUAUGGCCCUUCUCUGGAAUCACUUUCACUACAACCAGGAACCAGCCUCUGGAAUUUUCAACACUGAUGUUCUCUCUUUGGGAUUAAAUGGACGAGUAAAUAUGAGGCAAAGUCUUCUUGUUUCAUGCACAAAAACAUAUGAUGUUUCGAUAGUUCGUGCUGUAACGAGAUUGUUCUACAUAUGUUUUAUGUUGUGACACAGUGAACCAUUAUUAGAAUUAUCACUGGAUUCAGGGACCAUUUUAUUUGUUCUUGAAGGACAUGAGCAGAACAGGCUAAUCAAUCAAAAGCUAGUUGAAUCUUUACAGAGCCCCAAA